AGUCCUAUCUCAUUAAAGAUGGUCCUGAGAUUAGGGAUUCUACUGUGGUUAGGAGCUAUUGUAUAUGCAGGACCAGUUGCAUGGGAUGACUCCAAAUGCGCUCAAAAAUGCAAUGGAGGUUCAAAGUAUCAGUAUUCCGAGCAAUCUUCCUAUAUUUAUUCGUUUGAAUCACAGAAUAAAAUGGCUGCGGACGGUGCAUCUGAUUUGAAUAUGUGGAUGAAAGCUACUGUGAAAGUAACGACCAUCUCAAAAUGCGAAAUGGUCUUACAAAUUACAGAUGUUGCAUCCCAACAUGGAACGAUCAAAGAGACAUCUUCUGUGUUCAUUGAAGAACUCAAAAGGAAUCCCUUACCAUUUGCAUGGGAUGAUGGCAAAAUCAACCAUAUAUGCCCUAGUCCUGAUGAUUCAAACGAAGUUAAUAACGUAAAACGAGCUAUCUUGUCUGCCUUUCAGAACACUAUGAAAAGUUUUGACGCCAGUAGAUAUGACACAGAGGUGGAUGUCCUAGGUUCAUGUGAUACAAAAUACUCUAUUGAUAAAAUAGAAAAUGAGAAAUAUAUUUUAAAAAAAACCAAAAAUAUUGCAACUUGUACAAAUCACUUGAAAGGACAAACUAUUUUGUUGGCUUCGUUUUAUGAAUCUGCAUCGACAAGACAACAUCUUCCAUUUUUAUCUGGUGAAACUUUAGAGUGCAUGCAAACAAUAGACAGUGGUAUAGUUGAAGAAGUUACUUGCGAAGAAAGUGCAUCAUUUAAACCACUAUCCGACUAUGGCUAUGUUGUAGAGGCAAAAGGAAAAACAAUAUUGAAGAAAAUAUCUUCAGAACCAGCAAGCAGGAUAUUAUAUCGAGCUCCUCAUAAAGAGAGUCUUGUAUUUAAAUAUACACCGAAAGUAAAGAAGGAUGAAAAUCUUGUCAGUGAGGCUCAAGCUAUUUUAAGAAGCAUUUGUGAAAGUUCAGAAACUCUGUUGUCAAAAGAUGCUGCUAGCAAAGUUCAUCAACUAGUAUAUGUUAUCCGAAGAUUAAGCCUAGAAUCUCUAGAAUCCAUAUACAAUUCAGUCAAAAGCAAGCAACUAUGCAACUCCGGCAAAGCUUUAACAAUUUUCCAAGACUCAUUGAAAGCAGCGGCAUCAGGAGGAUCUAUUAGUCUUUUAUCAAAACUUGCUGCAAAGGGAGAUAUUUCAAAACUUGAUUCAAUUAUUUGGUUGUCUCUUUUACCAUUUACGUCUUAUGUAGAAGAAGAAUCCAUCGCUGCCACAUUGCCUCUAUUGAAGAAGGAUUCUGCUAGCAAAUAUGCUUUGCUUGGUGUUUCAGCUAUGGCCUAUAAAUAUUGUUUUACAUACGGUGGUUGCGAGACAUCAAAAGCUGUAGGAGAUGUGUCAGCUAGUUUAAAGCAGAUUCUCGGUGAUAAAUGUCAAGCAUCAAAUGAAGAUGAAGAAAUUCAGAUUAUAACAGCACUGAAGGCAUUUGGAAAUCUUGGUUAUGUUGGAGAGAGUGCAGAUAGUAUUUUUGAAUGUGCUUCUUUAGCAACGAAUAAAAUCCCUAUUCGAAUUGCAGCUAUUGAGGCCUUCCGUAGAUCACCAUGUACAGAAAAUGUAGUUUCCAAAUUGUUGGACAUAUAUAAAAGUAAGACAGAAGACGACGAAGUCAGGAUCGCAUCAUUGAUAUCUCUCUCAAGGUGCCCAACUGUAGAGAUUGUACGUCAAGUUUUGGAAAUCUAUGCAGCAGAAACUAGCAAUCAAGUCAAAGUUUUUACAUGGAGUUACCUAGAAAAUUUGCAAGAAAGUAAUGACCCAGUAAAUCAAAAAAUUCAAAAUAUUCUUUGGGCGGAAGAAAUCGAACGUCCUUCUUCAACAGAUAUUACAAAGUUUUCCAGAAAUUUCCAAGUGUCUUUAUUUUCUCAACUUCUUAACAUAGGAGAAACUGUACAAGCUAACGUUAUACAUUCCAGAAAUUCCUUUUUACCACGAUCAGCCAAUCUUGGAUGGAAAAUUGAUUUUUUUGGAAAUCAAUUAGAUUUACUUGAGGUUGGAGGUCGAGUUGAAGAUUUGGAUUUUAUUCUUGAAAAGCUAUUUGGACCUCAUGGGCUGAUGCCAAAUCUUAAAAUCGACGACAUUCUGUCACUUAUUCCCCCAAAUAUUCUAAACCGCAUAAAAAGAUCCGCAGAUUCAUACAAGUCAAAAAUAGAUGCUUUAAGUGAAAGGCUAGGGUACAGUCGAGGAAAAUUACCUCAUGGAAAUGGAUAUAUUCGUGUUCUUGGACACGAAAUGAAUUGGAUUCAUUUGGAUAAGGAUACUUUAAGUAGAUAUAAGGAUAAAGGAGUAAACCUUAAUAGCAUUGUAGGAUUCCUUCAAACUUUAGCAGGCACCAACAGCGUAGAUGCCACAAAAAAUCUACUUUUCCUGGAUCUCUCUGUUCUAUUCCCAAGUGUAACUGGUCGAGCUUACAAGUUAGCUGGUAAUUUAAGCUCUACAAUUGGAUAUAAAAGAGAUGGAAAAGUUGACCUAACUCAACCUGAUUUACCUUUUCCACGUGCUGAUAUUGAAGGAAGCAUUCAACCAAGCAUCUUGAUUGAUUCAAGCGCUUCAUUCACAAUACAUUCAGAGAAUUUUGAACCAGGAGUCAGAGUUGAUACUGUUGUAAAUGCUGGAAUAGACUUGGAUGCUAAAUUUGAAAUGAAAGAGGGAAGAUUACUGCAUUUAAAACUUAAACGCAGACAGAAACGACAAGAAAUUGCAAGCAUCAAGCGUACUUUAUAUUGUAUGAAUGAGAAAGGAGAAACUGAACUUCCAAAGCCUCAGUCUUACAAUCUGAAUUACUGUACAAAAUAUUUACAGUAUCUUACUGGUGCUAAAUACUGUGCUUCAAUGGUUCUUCCUCACAUUUACAAUGCACAAGGAAAACCGAAAGUUCCUUUUGUUCGAGCAAUGGAAGCUUCUUUGGUAGUAGAAGAAACAGACUCCAGCAUGGAUGGUUACGAAUUUCUUCUAGAAAUUCCUAAAUGGGGGAAAUGGGAUGACAGAAAAUACAGAUUUUUACUAGACACCCCAAAUUCUUCUAUCGACAGAAAAUUUGCGCUUGACAUCCAUGGAAAGAAGGAAGGUCCCGGAAAAUAUUCAGAAUCCCUGAAACUUCACACACCUUUUUAUACUACAGAAAUCGAUGCUAACGUAAUGAAUCAAGAUGACAACUUUAAACUGAACAUAAAAGCGGUGGGUAAUGAAAAAAGAAGAUAUGACCUUUCCUUAGAUGUAGGAAAAACAGUUAAAGGCGCCAAAUUGGUAGAAUAUAGUCCACAACUAUCGCUUUCUCUACCUGGUAUGGCACCAGUUGAGAUGUCAGGUACCAUAGUAUACGCCAGAGGACGAAAAGAACAAAUUACUAUUAAUCUUCAGUCGAAUAGUUUUGGUUCUAUGACAAUUAAAGGAAAUCUUGCAAAAGAGGGAGAAACUAUUGGAUUAGACUCUGAUUGGCGACUUCAUAAUGAUUUCAAUAUAACAGCGUUUUCAAUGAUUCAUAAAGUAUACGGCACAAUAGGAAACCGUGUUGGAAAAGGUGGCUAUCUAAAUGUUGGCCAUCACUAUGAACCUGAUGGACGUAGCUAUGAAAGUGUAACUAUUAAUGCAGCUUUGGAAGACAUAAAAUUCCGUGGCCGUCUAGGUUUCAAACUAAGUUCUGCAAUACUUCUAGCAGAACACCAGGAUCUAAACACUAUGCUUAAGUGGGACUUUAGCUUAAAUCCACUAGAACAUCUCAAGAAUGACAUAAUCUUUAGAUACGGUGAAAACUUUGAAGACGAUACACAUCUGGUUCGAGUAACACAGUCCCUUGCAUUUGGGGGAGAUUUCGAUACAUUCCAAAAGUUAGAUAUUGAAAACAAGCUUGGCUUGACAAUUUCGUGCUUUGAUUUUGAUAAGGCAGGGGCUUUAUCAAUUGUUUGGGACUUUGUAGACAAGCCUAAAUUUAUGGCUGAAGUUGGUCUAAAAUCUAAUAAGGAAAAUCAGGUAUAUUUGAAAUACGAUUACACGCAUGUUUCCGAAACUCCUCUAAAAUUAGCAUCUGAAGCAACUCUUAUAUAUUACAAAACCAAAUUGCUUUAUCGUAAUCAGCUUCAAGAAGUAGGAGCAAAUGAAUAUCAGGGCAAGGCGGUCUUGGAACCAGCUGAAAAUAAACAAAUCAGCAUUGACUAUACCUAUAGAGUCAAAAGUGAAGACCACUUUCACCGUGAAAUUGAAGCCUCAAUUGACUUCCCUGGAAGGCCAGUUCCUGUGAAACAGAAAACUGUUGUGAUGUAUUCACCUGCUGAAAUUCAAAUAAGCAGUACCACUGAUUAUGGAACUGGGUCACCUCAUACUUUAGAUUUUAAGUGGAAAAGAGGCGUGAAAGCAGAAUUUUCUAUUGACACUUCUUAUAUGGAAGGACAGUUUGCUGUGGAAAACCAAUCUCCAGUGCGCUCAAUUAAAGCAGAAUUCAAUUUGAAAAAAGUCCUCAACAAAAAAAUUUCAGUUAUAGGAAGUGUAACGCCAGGAGAUCCUAAUCUAUUAAACGUGGAAGUUGAAUGGGAAGGUGACGGUUCACAAAAAAAAGUCGUCAUUGAUGCCAAAUCAAACAAAGGCACCGAAGAUGGAAUAGAAAAAUACAUGAUAACAGCGACAGUUAACUAUGUGGGUGCUAUUAGUGUUGAUAUAACGGGCAAAGUGAGUACAGAUUUGUUGAGAGGACCACAUUACUUCAGGGCUGAUUAUACUGCAAAAGAACCAAUCGCCAUAGAGUUUACACACGAAAUCAAAAACGGCAAGCUUGUAAGUUUUGGUCGAUAUUUGAACAAUAACGCUGAAAGACUUAGAAUGGAUAUUAAAGGUAAAAUGGAGUUAACCGGUUAUAAAUUUGAGUUGGAUGGAGGGAUAUUUAUGACUUCGCCUUACAAAUCUCUAGAUGGAAAAGAAAUCUCCUUUAGAAUCAUGGCAGAUUCCACUGACGCUGUAAGAACAUUCAUUUCGGAGUACCGAAUUAUGCCGGUGUCUUUCAUUAACUACGCCGGAAAAUUAGAAUAUACUAGAAAAAGAGGAUGGCCUGGUCAAAUCAAAUCUAUUGCACUGGUAUCAGUUCAUAAUAGGCCCUCAAUUGAAGCAACUACAACUAUCGAUUAUGGAAAUGGAAAGUAUUCUCUUAAAAGUAGCUUGACGCCUCUUUCAAGGAGAAAAAUCAACUUAGUUUCUACAUUUGAGCAUUCUGGUAGAUUUGCUGCUUUCCAUCAUUCCUUAGCUACAUCGUUUGAGUAUUUGCAGACUGUCGACCUUAAAGCAGUUGCAGAUCUUAGAAAUAUGGAAGAUGCCAAAAUACACUCGAACUUUGACAUAAAUAAGCACAAACUCUAUGAUGUGAAUUCAACUUUGAAAUUCCGUACCCUGAUUGAUUUUGAUGGACAGCUUACAAUAUACAGCAAAAUAACACCGUCUCUCAAACUUUUCUACAAAACACAAGCAUCAGGACAGAUUUCCAAAUACGAAAUGAAUCUUGACGUUGAUUCUCAGAGCUUGAUGACUGGCAGUGGUGAAAUUAAAAAAAGAAAGAAGGGAUUUAACGGCGACCUCAUAUUUAAGUACAGAGAGAAAGAGUUUUUGGCACUAACAAUUUCUCAAGAGGCAAAAUCUCAAAGAGAAAGAAAUUAUGUAAUAAAAUCAAAAACACCUUGGCGAAAUCAUAUUGGAUCCAUUAAAGUCAUGAAAGACAAAAAAGGUAGUUCCAAAUAUGAAACUAAAUUCUGUAGAGAAAAAGAAGAAGAUAAGUGUAUAAGUAUCGAUCUUGCUCAUAAAGAAAUUCCGGACGGGAACGAAUGGAACGUGUGUUACAAACGCCAAGAAGUAGACUUCUGUAUUGAAAGAAUUAGAGCAGACACAAAAGAAGUUUCCCGUUAUCAUACUGUUAUAUAUAAAGGAGACACACGUUAUGGUUACGAUGUAAGGUUUGGAAAAGAAGGCAAUGGAUUAAUGACAAGUGCAGGUCUCAUCCUUCCAUCUAGAGAAAUAGUGAACAAACUUAUUGUGGAAUUUUCUCUCAGCAAACCAAAACUGAAAUGGGAACUUAAAUUAGAUGCUGCUAAAAACCCUGAUAGGAAGUUGAAUGUAGACUUGCGAUUUGAUAAUCAUCUGACUGACAAUCAAGCAUCAAAAUUGGAUAUAACUAUCACUCACCCUAUUUAUGAAAAACCAAUCGAAAUAAAAUUAGUUGGAGACUUAGAGCUAUCACAAAACAAAAUAUUUACAGGAGAAAUGUCUUUGGAUUAUUCAAAUGACCCUGAAGACAAGCUCAUCGGAAAACUGGCUGUUGAAAAGGGUCCUGUUCCAACUGCUAUUCUAAAUAUUUACCAUCAAGGUGAGUUUGCUUUCAUACAUUUAGAUUUUGUGGUAAAAUUGAAUGGAACUGUAAAUGAAAAUGAAGAAUAUUUUGGUUUAAUAUGGAAUUGGAAAGACGACUCAAAUGUUGAUCAAGAAGCAUUUAUUGUAUUUAACUGGUUGUUUAAGGAAAGAAAAAUCUCAUUUGCAUACCAAAGACCAAAGUUUUUCUACAGACUAGACGCUGAUAUAGUUGCCUCUCAAACACUACUGGAUGAAAGUCAAGUCACUGACGUAACUUCAAAUUUGAAUGGAGAAAUCAGCAAAUAUAAAAUUAUCAAUGAUUAUGCAACUGGAUGUAACAAACUUUAUGUUUUAAAUGAUGAUGGAGAAAAUAAAAGAUCCUAUGAAUUGUGUCACAAUGAAGAUGGCAGAAAAAUUCUAUCAGUUUUAGUUGAAGGCUUAGAUGACGAAAAUCAGUGGACCUUCCAAUAUUCACUUGAAAUAAUACGUAAAAAUUGGUGGACCAUUGGAAUAAUAAACAACUUCAAUCCUGAAUUUUUGGGACAAACUUUGUUCCGUCUUUCUGCUCUUGGAGAUGAAUUAACUGCAGCAGGUGUUGGAACUCUUCCCAUAUCAGACACAGCAAGAUACAAAAAGAUAAAAUCUUCUUUUACCAGCAAAAUUGUGCAGCCAUCAUUAAGAUUCUUUGUCCCAGAAGCUACAAAAUUUAUAUCUGGAAUGAUUAGAGACAUUCAGACUUUAAGACAAAAACUUACAUUUUACUAUCACACUUUGCCGUCAUUUGAAGAGGUCAGGCACUGUGGAAAGAAGGUAUUGGCAAUUUCAAAAGCAAUCGCCCAAGAAAUCUGGAAUGUAGUUGGUUCGUACUAUAAAAACUACCUCGAAACUACUCUAAAAACUGUUCACAAGUUUGUUGAGCUUGUGAAAAAGGCCUGUGAUGACAAUAUUGAAUGUAAAGCUUUUGUAAAAGCUUACCAUGACGAUGGUUUUAAGGGACUGGUGAAACAGCUGAGGGACUACCUCCUAAGAUUGCCAGAUCGAAUUCAACACUUUUUAAGUCAAGAACAUCCAGAACUCAGAAAUUUCAUGGGCAAAGCUGUUACUUUAUUAAAGGAAUUCCUUGAGCCUCUCACAAAGUAUCGUUGUGGUGAAAUUGUUGUAAAAGUUGUUAAACUCAGCUACGAGAAGCUGGAACCCAUUGCACAAAGAUUUUUACGAGAUUUCCCAUCUUAUUAUAGAGCUGUUAGAGGAAAGAUCGUCUCUAAUCCAUACGUUAUCCAAGCAGCAAAACUUGCAAAAGAAACUUACUUGAACAUCAGAGAAACACUUCUGAAAAUUGACUACAAAAAACUCUAUAAGCUAGCCAUAGAAAAAUUGGAAGAAUGUUUACUAAACGUAAAUCCACCAUCUCUUAAAAAGUCAUUCAAAGUUCUUGCUCUGAACACCGAAAAAGGCAUAGCUGAGUUUGAAGUAUACCUUGCAACAUCCCACCCACUACCAAGAAAAAUCAUUGAUUAUACUGUUUCAACAACCAUAAAUAUAGUGAAAAGGUUAGCAGAUAUUCAACCAAGUUGGAAAACUGUUCUGGUGAAAGUUAAAAGAGUAACUGAUCUUAACUUUUUCCCGCCAUACAAAGCUCAAGCAAUGAUACUUGGGAACCAACAUUAUGUAACCUUUGACAAGGAAUUCUUCGAUUUCGCUGGAGAAUGCACUUAUCUUUUGACCAGAGAUUUUGAAGAUGGAAAUUUCACCUUUGCACUGACACCAAAAGAAGGAGAAAAAAGUCCCUCCAUUUUAGCAUGGAUAAAUGAUGCCAGCGUUGAAUUAAAUCCAGCUGAUAAAUCAGUCUUAGUUGGAGACAAAGCUGUCGAGUUACCAUACAUAUCGAAAGACUUCGUUGUUUCUCGAUCUGGCAAUGCUAUAACUAUUAAUGAUCGUCAUGGAGUUGAAGUUAAAUGUAACUUAGUUCAUGAGCUUUGUACAUUUUCUAUAACUGGAUGGUACUUCGGCAAAACUGCUGGUCUUUUAGGAACGUACAACUAUGAACCUAAAGAUGACUUCAAAAGACCAAAAGGACAGAUUGCCAAUUCUGCAACAGUCCACGCAAAAAGUUGGGAGUUAAAGAAAGGUUGCAAAAGUAACAAUUUAGUCUCUGAACCCCGUAUCAAUGAACGAAGUGACUACUAUAAAUUAUGCCGGCAACAUUUUGUUGAUGACGCAUCACCUUUAUCAGCAUGUUACUCUGAAGUUUCUCCUGCAGAUUACAUGCAACUUUGCCUUCGUCAUCUAGCUUCAGCUAGUGACUCAACUAAAGCUUUAUGCCGAGUUUCAGCUGCUUAUGUUGCAGAAUGUGAAAGAAAUUAUGUAGAAUUAAGCCUUCCAAACAAAUGCCUCGUUUGCACUGGACCAGAUGGUUCUACUUUAGAACACAGUGACAAGAAAAAAUACGAAAAUCUGUCCAAGAAAUCUUCUGACGUAGUUUUUAUAAUAGAAGACCAUGAAUGCAACAAAGCCGUCAUUGGGGAAUUGAGCAACAUUGCUCGAUCUAUUGACCGAGAGCUUCAAACCGAAGGAUUUAAGGAUAACAUGUUUGGUGUAAUUGGAUAUGGUGGAGAUGUUGGAUCACCUGAAAUUUUUACUGUCGGUGGAAAGACUUUCUUCAAUUCCAGAGAUAUUAAUUCAAUUGUUGGCAGGAUCAGCUUACAGAGUAACAAAGUGGAAUCUUCACGAGCAUUUGAAGCAAUGAAAUUAGCAGUUACCUAUCUAUCAAGAAGUGAUACAUCAAAGAAUUUCGUAUUAUUCUCUUGUUCUUCAUGCAAAUAUGAUUUCAAAUCAUUACAAUAUCCUGUUGUUCAACAAAUUUUGCUUGAAAGAGGAAUAAGUUUGCAUGUAGUUCAUAGUGCUGAAAUUUCAAUUCGCAAAAGCAAAGAAAAAGACAUAAUAGGGGUAGACCCAGAUACGGUAUAUCAUUCCAAAGACGUCACUCAACGAGAACUUGUUGGCGAACCGGCAUUAAGAUCACAAGUUAGCAUUCCAAAGGAUCUUUGCAUUGCACUUUCUCAGGACGUUGGAGGAAGUUUCUUUUCAACUUAUCCUCUCAGUAAAGGAACAAGUGACGCUAAAAACUGGCGAAGUGUAUUUUCAAGAAAGUUUAUUAAAGCCGUCCAAAGUUUCAAGUGCCAAUGGUGUGACUGUUCAUCAACCAGGGACCACAUCCCUAAUACUGUAUGCCAACCUUGUGAAACCAAAAGACCAAGGCUACCAUAUUCUGUAUGUAGAUCUUGUGCACUUCCCAGAACUGUUGAAGUCUUUCUGUCCUAUAUACGUCACCUCAUUUAAGUUGUACUAGUAGUGCAUUAUAUUAAAUUCGAAAAGUAUCUUUCACAGUACACUA